AUGAGGGAGUACUCUACCUCCGAGGCUUGCUGUACCUGCGCUACACUGCUGUCAUCCAUUCCUCCAACCUAUGACGAGAAGACCGAGAAGCCAUCACAGUUCGAGCGCCGGCUUGAUUGCUGUGGCCGUGCUAUAUGCGCACGAUGCUUGACCGAUAACCCUCGAUUUGCGAGCUACUGUCCCUUCUGCCAGAUAUCUACCGGCCCCUCUCCUCUGCUGGCGCAAGGUCUACGCGACCCUCCAACAUAUUCGCCACAUGCCGACGAGAAGGUGGAGGAGGAGCUACCGCCGUACACAGCACACAAUGUGCUGCAACCGCCACCUGAAAAAUCGAGGAGUACUGAGAAAGCGCCUGAUGUCUUACAUUUUGUCGACCAAAAUAACGACUCGAUAGCAUCUUUAUCACUCGCCUAUGGCGUGCCUUCAGAUGUCCUUCGACGGAUUAACAAGAUGUUUGCGGACCAUCUAUUGGCAGCGCGUAGGACAAUACUUAUACCGGGAGAAUACUACAAGGGCGGAGUCAGCCUCAGUCCUCGCCCACUUGAAGGCGAGGAGAAGGAGAUCAAGAAGACGAAGCUGAGGAAGUUCAUGGUGGGUUGCAAAGUUGCCGAAUACGAUGUCGCCGUUCUGUACCUCGAGCAAGCAAGUUACAACCUCGAGAAAGCCAUGAUCACAUUUAGGGCCGAUGAGAAGUGGGAAAAUGAACAUCCUCUACGAGCUGCGAAGAAGGGUAAGGUGCCUGCGCCACCGAGCUCGGGGAAGCGAAGAUGGUUCGGCGGGAGUGGCGGCGGCAUCACUGGUCAGCUCUAA